ACUGAGCAGAACACACACUUCUGCUUCUGCUUUGAGCAAUGGCAGCUUCUACUACUUCCUCGCUGGUUUCGAAUUUCCUGUUUUGCCCCAAGACUCUCUCCCAAAUCCCAUCUCUGUCCCAAUCCCUCUCCUUCCCCCACACAACCGCAAAGCCCCUGGUUUUCCGGACCCGACCCGGCCGCGUCAAUGUGCAGUCGCUGGAGUUCUCCGGGUCUUUUUUUGAGGGAGGCGGGUUCCAGUCGGAUGACGACCCGAACUCCCCGAACGGGCCGGGUAUGACCGCCGUGGAGGACAAGGAGGAGCCGCCGUGCCCGCCGGGGCUCCGGCAGUACGAGACCAUGGCGGUUCUCAGACCUGAUAUGUCGGAGGAUGAAAGACUCGCGCUUACUCAGAAGUAUGAGGAGUUGCUUAUAGCUGGAGGUGGCAUGUAUGUGGAGGUUUUCAACAGAGGAGUGAUUCCGCUAGCCUAUAGCAUCCAGAAGAAAAACAAAGCUGGAGAAUCCAACACUUACCUGGAUGGUAUCUACCUACUCUUUACCUACUUCACAAAACCCGAGUCUCUUGAGUUUCUUGAGCAGAAUCUGAAGGCUGAUGAUAAUGUCAUCCGAUCUCUGAGUUUCAAAAUAAGGAAGAGGAAGUACUAGUUUAGGUCAAGUCUUUUGUCUAUAUCUAAGAGGAAGAACAGGAAAGAAAAAAGGUUCAUGUACAAUGUAAUCCCGUAUGCAGUGUUAUCAAGUUUCGGUUCAUUCAGUUUUGUUGUAACAUUGUUGAUUGAUGAUCAAAGGAAAUGAAUGCAGUUGUUAUAUUCU